AAAAAUUGUGAAGUAAAGUUUACAUAUCUAUUGAAUGUCGCUGAAAUUUCAAUCAUAGUAAGAAAACAAGUAAACAACAAUCAACUAUGAAACCGUCAAGCUACUACUAAUCAUCCAUGUCGUGUUAUCAUGGUAGAACUCAAAGAAAGAGACCCGAGUUAUGAUGGAGACUUUAUAAGCAAUUUUUGAGAGAAUAAUAGUAACCAAAGGGUAAGAAGAUGAUGGGCGAAUUUGUUUUCUCAUGCGCCUUCCGCAGGGCAGUCCUGAACUUAAUAAUCCACGGUAGUACCGGUCCUGGUUUAUAACGGGCUGGUAGCAACAAAAAAAACAUUUUGGGCCUUGUGAGUAAGUUUAAUAAAAAAAGCUAAGGUGUCAUAACAAAUGUACAAGCUCACAUAUAAAACUGCAUCAGCUUUAUAUGUGACCAGAAGAGCAUUGGUCAUAAAAUUUGCGAGCAGUGAUUGUUCCUCACCAAUCAAACAUCUGCAAUUUUUGUUCUUUUGACUUGAGGAUAUAUCUCAGAAAGUUCUGAAAUAUGGCACCUGUGAAAUUUGCCUUGAAAUGUAGGUUUUGAUCAUCUUGUUGUCUUCUCUUAUAGUCUUCAGCACAUAGAGUUGGCUCUCAAGUAACUGUUGUGAGAUUUAAUGGUUUAAAUGUCUACUACUACAGUUUUUUUCUCCCAUAUUAUGUCCAAUGAAUUUUGAUAUGUUAAUUGUGCGUUGUAUCUCUUACAUCUAACAUGCUGUCCAUCUUAUCGAAACCCUGCUGCUACAUACAUCAAUGUAGCCAUACUUGAGGAAGGUCGACGAAAUGUACAUGUUUCCUUGUGGCAUCUUCACAAAGCUCUCAAGUGUAUUAAGAGGUUGCUUGGUCCUGACCAUAUCCAGGUUCUUUCCCGAUGCUCUAUAUAUUUUUAGCACAUCACUUUUGUAUGUAAUUUGUUUUGCUUAUACUAAUACUUUCUACUUUUUAUGUUUAUUUCCCCUUUUUCUCUCAAAAGCCAUUGGUCACCCUCUUUGAGAAGUCCAAGGGCGCGACGUGAUACUCGGCCGAAAGAUGGAAAGCACAUGAAAAGUGAUGAGCAUGUAGAGGUACUGUAUAUUAUGUGAUUAUGGAAAAUCAUGGAGUGGCACAGAUUCGAGAAAAGUGAGAAUAUAUGUAUGUUUGGUAGCUACAUUAUUGUCCUUAGAAUCAUGUUCUCAAAUUUAAACUCACAUAUCAGGUAUUAGACUGUUAUUGAGCUUUGACCAAAAGAAUAUGGGAUCAGGAUGUUACCAAUAGUAUCAUCGGUUCGUUUAUAGAAAUAUGAAUGAUUUUAAUGUUGUGAAAUAGACACUUUUAAAAGAAAAAAAACGGCAGCAAAGCACUAUAUAUUUAAGCUUUGAUGUUUAUUUGCGAAAUCAAUGUUUUACAAUUGUUAUUUUCAGAACUGGUUGCUGAUAUAUUAUGUACCUGUGAUUAUCCCUUUGUGGAAUGUAGAGUAGUAAACAGAUUGUACUGUCCCAGCGUGGCAUGCUAAAAUUGUCGUAUUUUAUACUGAUAGUGAGGUUGCUGGUGAAGUUUCUGGUCUCAAGAUGUGUUUAUUAUUAGUUGGAACUGCGACUGAAAAGCAAGUGAUAUGUUGCUUAUGCUAAUGAGCCGCAACAUGAGAAGAUUAUAAGGUAAUGUUGAAGGAAAUUUUUUGUAUACUUUUUUGCAUUAAGAGGGCAUGGUAUUUUGAAUUAGCAUUUCCAUUUUGGUGUGAUUUUUAGGUGCUAGGCUCUAAGCAUAUAUCUUACAGUUAUACGACAAAGAAGGAGCAGACGACUAGAGGUUAAAAUCCUAUCAUCAGUAUGGUGGCAUGUUACGCUCUGACAUUUGCUUAUACGGAAACAAAAAAAAUUAUUGGUAAAAUACCAAUCUAUUACACUGUAAUAGGCAAGGACAAUGUAAGCCACACUUUCAGAUAAAUAAAUAGGACCAAAUGGAAACAAGUUUGGUAUUAAUAACGGCGGCGAGUGAGUUCGAGUGUCUAACGUAUUCCGAAAACAAAAAAAAACAUGUUACACUAAAAAUCAGUAAGAACAUAUACCGUAUCUAAUUUUUGUGUAAGUUAUGGGCCAAAUCAAUCCAUACAUGGUAAAAGGUACAUAGUUUUCCCUUGAAGUUUAACAACAUAAUGCAAAGACGGCCAUUAGUGGCAAGAUCUACUUGCUUCAUCUGCAUUUUUCAUGUAUUUAUGAAUGAUUUUUAAAGCCGAUUAGUUUCAUGGUGUUUACGUGCUUCUUUCUUUAUUGUGCAAUUUAGCUACAACAAUCACAUCUCAGUCUGAAAUUUUAACUUGAAACUUUUAGCUUGCUAAGCCGUUACGGACAAUGGUUUUGGGAGCUCCAGUGGAGAAUGCUAGACAUCUUACUCAACGUUAUGACAGAAUGCGCCAAGAAGCUGAAGCUUACGUACUACGAAAUAUAACAUUUCUGGUUUACUAAUUUUCUUUUAAAUGAUUGUAUUAUUAUCAAUAUCGGUUAUAAAUGUAGUAUCUUUUUUUUGAAACACCAAAUGUAGUAUCUUAUAUACAGUGAAUAAUUUAUAUAUCCAAGGAAAAAAAAGAUACUAAAAGUUGUGUAGGAAUUAUAAAGAUACUAAAAGUUGUAAAAUGUUUAUGAAAUGAAAAAUAAUUGAAUCAUAACUAAGUUAGCUUCUUAUAAUUUAUUUUUAUACUACAGUACAUAUUCAUUAUAUAUACAUAAAAUAUAAUAGUGUAAACUAAAUUAUAAAUAUGUGAAAAAAACUCGGGAGUAAUCUACCAAAAAUACAUAUUAGAAAUACCAUCUUACGACUGAAAGAAGUUGAAGAGAUUAAGCAUUAAAAAUAAAAUAAAAUCUUUUCUUAUGUGUUUUCAUAUGUCCAUGAUCUAAUGUUUUUGAAAAUUUACUAGUCAAAAGUCAAAAAAAAAACAAUUAUAUGUAUUUAUUCAUAAUCCGUGCGUGGUGCUACCUAGUAUAAUUAAUUUUUGUAUUUCAAAUUUCAUACAAUCAAAAUUAUAAAUAAUUUAUUGACUUGUUUGUUGAUUCGAACAUGCCAAUAUAAUUCCAUAAUUUGUCAAUCUUUUUGUUUUUGUUUGUUAACCAAAUAAAUUUAUCUUUCGCACGUACAUGUAAAUGAUGAUUAAAAUAAAAAUAAGUUUGUGGUCACUGGUCACUCACGUAAUUGUAACUUUUAAAGUUAUUCAUUAUAAUUUGGCUAUCUACGGAUUAUCGAAUAUUCUAAUACCUAGAGGUAAAAGCUGGCAUAGGAUUUUAUUGUUCAAGCAUUUAACUUUACAGAAAACAAAGGAUAGUGGUGGUGUCAGCUUGGCGAAGCAUGCCUGACAUGUGCAUCUCAUCAAUACUCCUUUAUGUUCAUAUCCGCAUUAGAUCUAUAUCGGUUAUCUUCACGCAUGGUGUUAUCUUUACUACUUUCUUUUAUAAAAUUGAUUGGAAAGUAAAUAUAUAAACAAAAAUACAAAAAGUGAAUAAGGUGGAGAUUAUGAUAAAUAGUACAGACAAGACAGUUUUCAUUCCCAAAACGCUUCAAAUGGCAAACUCCACAAAGUCUUACAAAGACCAUGAGUCCGAUUAUGAAACCUCAACAGCCGGACCAGACUCCAGCCGCCGCACGAGCUGGCUAAGUAGUUCUUUCACGGCCAGUCCUAGUUGUAGUAGCUCCAUAUCUCAUCUAAGUAACCAUCAUGACCUCAACACCUACAACCACCAAUCUAAGCCUCACAAAGCCAACCAGAUCGCAUGGGAAGCUAUGGCUAGGCUACGCCGACGCUGCGGCCGUGCGGUAGGGUUAGAACAUUUCCGGCUGUUGAAGAGGUUAGGCAGUGGUGACAUUGGAAGUGUGUACCUCUGUCAAAUACGUGGAAGCCCGGAGGUUGCGUUUUACGCCAUGAAGGUUGUGGACAAGGAGGCAGUGGCGGUGAAGAAAAAGCUUGGAAGGGCGGAGAUGGAGAAGAAGAUUUUAGGGAUGCUUGAUCAUCCUUUUUGCCCAACUUUAUACGCAGCGUUUGAGGCUUCUCAUUACUCUUUUCUCGUCAUGGAGUACUGUCCCGGUGGUGAUCUCUACACCGCCCGCUUACGCCAGCAGUCAAAACGUUUUGGUAUUUCCUCCACUAGGUUUUACGCAGCAGAAACACUAGUUGCUUUAGAGUAUCUCCACAUGAUGGGAAUUGUGUAUAGAGACCUAAAACCGGAGAAUGUAUUAAUAAGAGGCGAUGGUCAUGUGAUGCUCUCUGAUUUCGACCUCUCUUUCAAAUGCAACGUCGUUCCACAGCUCCUCAACCACAAUGACUAUGACCGUCAAGUCCAUGACUAUGAUGAUGAUGAUGAUGACUUCAGCAUAUGCUCGACACCUUCUUGCACCACGACUCCAUUACACCCCGUAAUCUCCUGCUUCUCUCCCGCUUCUAGCAGAAGAAGAAGAAGAAAGAAUGUUAUUACCACCACAAUACACGAGACAGCAGCAUGUACUAGCGGAUCGGUCAAAAGCAACGACGUUUCUAGAACGUUCUCUCGACAACCUUCUUCUUGUUCUCGGGUUUCAAGUGGGCUUAGAGACCUCUCUGGUGGAUGUCCAUCAAUUUUCGCCGAACCAAUCAACGCUCGUUCUAAGUCGUUCGUGGGAACACAUGAGUACUUGGCCCCGGAGGUUAUCUCAGGGCAAGGGCAUGGAAGUGCAGUUGAUUGGUGGACUUUCGGUGUAUUCAUGUACGAGAUGAUAUUCGGGACGACUCCGUUUAAAGGCGAUAACAACGAGAAAACGCUAGUAAACAUUCUUAAAGCACCAUUAACAUUCCCAAAGGUUGUAGUGAAUAGCCAGAAAGAGUACGAUAAUAUGGUGAGUGCUCAAGAUCUUAUCACCAAAUUACUGGUGAAGAACCCUAAGAAGAGGUUAGGGAGUCUCAAAGGCUCUAUUGAGAUCAAAAGACAUGAGUUCUUCGAAGGUGUUAAUUGGGCACUAAUCAGGUCUAUAAAGCCACCUUGGGUCCCUAAAGAAGAGACUAAUCACAAGAUUAAGAGUGAUAAUCGUAGCGUUAAUUAUUUUUUGCCGCCGAGGUUUAUGAUGACUAGGAAGGAAAGGGAUGAGCCUUACCAUGUGUCUAAUCAUUUUGAUUAUUUUUAACUUUAGGAUAUAUCUUCUUUUUUUCUACUGAUACGGUAUUAUUUAGCACUCCUAGCUGUCGAGAUGUAUAUUCAUAUAAUUUGAAUUAUAUGCGAUUAUCAUGAGAUUAAAAGUGUAAGUAUCAUUAGGUGAAUUGUUAUUUCUACUUUGUACUAUCAUGUGAUUAUAAAUUGUUUUUUUGAAUUU